AUGGAUUCAACAGUUACUAGCAGGCCGACAAGUUCAGCGGAAAUAAUAACUGCAUUAACAACUACAACCAAAACUGCAACUUCGACAGGGAGAAUAACUGAAAUUACAGUUACAACUGAACCUACACGCUCAAUACACAAAUCAACACAAUUAACAACCAAUAUUGAACCUUUAUUCUCGACAGUGGAAAACAACAGAAUAAUGUCUUCAGUGAAUUAUACAUCUUUGACAGAGAUGAAAAAAACUCCAAAAUCAACAGCUAGAACUGGUCCUACAAGCUCAAUAGACAGGGCAACCGCUUCUGUAACUAGAACUGAACCUACAAGCCCUACAGAGCGAACCACUGCAUGGACAGUCUUGACAGAAACUAAAUCAACAGUUACAAGCAAACCUAGAACUUCAACGGUUAAGACAAUUGAAUUCAUAGAUACAACUGAGCCGCUAAACUCAGUAGAGAGGACGACUCAGUCAGUAGCAACAUCUGAACCUCUAAUUACGACAGAAAAGACAGCUGAACCUACACCCACAUCGAAGGAGACCACUGCAUCAAUAGUCACAAAUGAACCUACAACCUUAAGAGAGAUAACAGAAUUAACAGGUAAAACAGCUACAAGCAUGAAAUUGAAAUAUACUACUACAACUGUGCCCACAUCCAUGAUGGAGGGGAAAUUUGAGUUUACAGAGACCGAGAAAACAAAUUCAAUGAUUACAAUUGAAUCUACAACCCAAACACAAAACUUUCUUCAAGCUUCUGGUAAAACCAGAUUUAUACCUUCGGCAAUGAAGGCAACAGAAUCAGUAGAAACAAGUGAACCCACAACCUCGACAGAAAUCAUGAGUACAUCAACAGCUAUAAAUGAACCAACAAAUUCAAGAGAUGAGGCAACACAUUUAAUAACAAUUGAAAUUACAACCUUAGGUGAGAGGAAAACUGAUUUUACAAUUGCAGAAUCAACAGAAUCAACAAUUACACCUGAAACUACAACAGACAGGGUAACUAAAUCUACAAGCAGCACUGAAACAGAACUCCAACAGAGGGAACAUCUGGAUUAUGGCUACAACUGCACCUACCCUCUCAUCAGAGAUGACUACUGA